UAUGGAAACAGCAAAGGAUCUUUCUAAAAAAGUAAAGGAAAUUAGAUUCUUUAGUGUUGUUGGAGUGCCGUGUGACUUGGGCAGUGGUGAAAAGAUCAGUGAGGUAGAGGUGCAUUUUCCGGAAGGGGUUGUUGAAGCUCUUAUAAUAAGUGAACGAGCAGAAAAUAUUAAAAAGCGAGUCAGACUCAACAAUUUAUGGUCCAUAAAAUAUGAGCUAUCCAAUAAAUACAAUCCAAAUAUGAAGUUUUUGAUUUCUAUGGAAGAAAAACCCGAUUAUGAGUUUGAUGUUGAAAUUAUGAGAAUUAUUUGA